UCUAAUGGAUAGACAGAGUCAGAGUCGAUGAAGAGACGAUCUCAGAGUGUUCCGAAAUUCGGAUUGUUCAGGUUCUUGGGAGAAUUUUGGUAGCGUCCCCAUUUUGGCACAUUCGCAGGGCCCUCCUCGUCGGCUUCCUCUGUACAGGUCGCACUGCGCUUUGCUACAAUGCUCGUUUGAAUAUUUGGUUAGCUAUAUUGGAUUUGUUAGAACAAGUAAUCUAUAAAGAUAGAUGCGGUGUAUGCUUUUGUUUUCCUCGACUAGUAUUUGUGAUAACUAAGGAUCACAUCGCAUCGAAUCGGAGGCGUUCAUUCAAUGAGUAAGCUAAACACAUCAUCCUCUGAAUUGGAUUUGGAUCGCCCAAAUAUCGAAGAUUAUCUUCCUUCUGAAUCCAUUCAAGAACCCCACGGAAAACUCCGCCUCUGUGAUUUGCUCGAUAUUUCACCUACUCUAACGGAGGCAGCUGGUGCCAUUGUUGAUGAUUCUUUCACAAGAUGCUUCAAGUCUAACCCUCCAGAACCCUGGAACUGGAACAUAUAUUUGUUUCCUUUAUGGUGUUUGGGAGUUGUUGUUAGAUACGGGUUUCUUUUUCCAUUAAGGGUUUUCGUGCUCACGGUAGGAUGGAUUAUAUUUCUUUCAUGCUAUUUUCCGGUGCAUUUCCUGCUAAAAGGUCAUGACAAACUUAGAAAAAACUUAGAGAGAGGUUUGGUGGAGUUGAUUUGCAGUUUCUUUGUUGCAUCAUGGACUGGGGUAGUCAAGUACCAUGGUCCGCGGCCCAGCAUGAGGCCUAAGCAGGUCUUUGUAGCUAAUCAUACAUCCAUGAUUGAUUUCAUUGUUUUGGAACAAAUGACUGCAUUUGCAGUGAUCAUGCAAAAACAUCCUGGGUGGGUUGGAUUAUUGCAAAGUACCAUCUUGGAAAGUUUAGGGUGUAUCUGGUUCAACCGCUCAGAGUCCAAGGAUCGCGAAAUUGUUGCAAGAAAGUUAAGAGAACAUGUUAAUGCGUCGGAUAGUAAUCCUCUGCUUAUAUUCCCUGAGGGAACUUGUGUGAACAACCAUUACACAGUGAUGUUUAAGAAGGGUGCUUUUGAACUUGGCUGCACCGUAUGUCCAAUUGCAAUAAAGUAUAACAAGAUCUUCGUUGAUGCCUUCUGGAACAGCCGAAAGCAAUCCUUCACAACACACUUGUUGCAGCUUAUGACAUCUUGGGCUGUUGUUUGUGAUGUUUGGUACUUGGAACCCCAAAAUCUGAAACCGGGGGAAACUCCAAUUGAAUUUGCUGAAAGGGUGAGGGACAUCAUCUCCGUGCGAGCUGGGCUCAAGAAGGUGCCUUGGGAUGGAUAUUUGAAAUACUCUCGUCCCAGCCCAAAGCAUCGCGAGCAAAAGCAACAAAGCUUUGCAGAUUCGGUUCUCCGUCGCCUGGAAGAGAAAUAGAACUGUAUGGUUGCUGGUUUUCAUAAGGUAGGCAGGCUGGGUUUCUUUUUUCCAAAACAAACACCCAACCAGGCAGGCAGGCAGGCAGUGUUGAAGAUGUGAUUAUGCUACUAUCGGGUGAUGAUUCACCAAUUUAAUUUUUCUUGUUUGCGUUUGUUCUCUUUGUUGUAAUAAGAAAUUUCAUGUCUGAAUGUCUGUUUAAUACCCCAGCCUCAAUUUUCAUGUGGUUAUGAGGGCAGGGUGUAUUUAUUUGAAGUUUGAUUGAAUUUUAUUAGAUUUUAAAAAUUGA